AUGGCAUCCAUUGAAAAAGAAGUGAGUCGGCACAGGAUGUUUGCAUGGAUGCUUAGUGGAAUUGAAGGCAUGUUUGUGGUUGCAAUAGCUGCACAGUUUGUUGGAGAUCCAUUGAGGAUUAUUAUUGAUCCGCUUGGUUGUUUAGCAUCCAGCAUGAGUUCUAUUAGGACAAUAAUGCUAUGGAUUGCAAUGCAUUUACAUCUUUCAUGUAGAGCAUCAUACACUGGCAAAAGAAUGCCUAGAUUAGUUGCUUUUUUGCAUGCAGUUAUCUCACAACUGGUUUUUGUAAGGUAUUUUGUUGGAAGCUACUUGAGAACCGAGUCUAGCAUGACUGGAAUACUUUCACUAUUCUAUGUGUUCUUUUUGAUAUUUUCAUCAUUGCUACAGACGUUUGGAGCAGAUAUUUUGAUGAUAGAAAGGAAGCACACGCGUGUUCGUGGAUUGAUUAUUUACAUGUGGCUAUCGGUUGGAUCAGUGGCUGGUGAAGUGAUGCGAAUAUAUGCAGGCAGUAUAAUUCUUGUGGUUGGUACAGCAAUAAUUGGAAGCAUAGGAUUAAGAAUAUUGGCUUUGAUGAUAAGAUUGCACAUAUUGAUUGAUAUAGCAAAUGUGGCACCAUGGAGAAUGCCAAAAGAGUUUUUUUCAGUGAGUGUGUCGGUGAUUGGGUAUUUAUUUAUCAUGAGGAUUGUUGAUAGAGUGUAUAUUUAUAACAUGUCGCUAUUGAACCUGAAACUUUGCGAAUAUGGAUAUGAGGAGAGCGAUGAUAUUGAAACGGCAAGGUUUAAGUUUUUCCAGAUAUCUGGACUGGCAAUGAAAUAUCUGGCUAUACUAAGGAGAAUGGCCAGAUGUCACAAAAGUGUUGUUUCUGUUGGUGAGUACAUUCAAAGGGAAAGAAGAGAGAUACUAGAGUGUACAGCUCUGAUGAGGAAAGAAAGAGGAAUGAUGGAGGCAAAAAGAUGGAUGAAUGUACCACAGAUGAAUUUGAACAAUAAUAAGCCAAAGGUGCUUGUUACGCAGAAAAAAGUGCAUUUUGUGAGAAGGAUCCGAUCCUAUAACUUUAUUGAGAUACUUGUGUCUAGGAUUAUGUAUGUAUACAAGAUCCAGAUGCUAAAGACUAGAUAUAAUGAAGCGAUUGAGGCAUUUGGAGAAAUAAGAAGAUUUGUGGAGUUUUUGAAUGGAUAUAAAGGAGAGUAUUUGCUGCUGGGAGAUUUAGAUGCAAUGAUAAGAUUGGGAAUGAAGGGGCUGAAGAAUGAAGUAUUUGAGGUUGAAAAGCUUAUUGCAACAAGGCUGCCAUCAGAUGUCUUUGUCAAGGAUUAUUGA